AUGGCAAGUUUCCGUAGUGAGGCCGGAGACCACGAUGGAGCUCUGACAUUUGACGAGGCGUGCGGCCAAGUCAACGGGCAUAAGUUACAGCUUGAGAGUCGACCUAUGCGCUCGGAUAGGGUUGUGGGAGAUGUGUCUGUCGGAGAUCUACCCGUUCGUCAGCUAGACUCGUCCGCAACCAAACUGGAGCAAUUCGCAGACUGCCUCAUGUACCAUCCUAUCGAUGUGACGAACUCCAUGUUUGACAACAUUUACAAGAUCUGCUGCGAAGGCAAGUACGCGCAACUUCCAAGCCCCUUCUGUCUACGCAAGGAGCCUCCUGUGCCGUACACCAUGCAGGUCAUCAUCCAAUCCACACAACCACCUCCAGAUGGAGACGCGCAUGGUACUUACUUCCACAUCUUCAAGCACAUCUACCUCCACCGCAACAAGAUUCCUGCCAAGGAUUGCGUGGAAAUGUGCCAAGGCAAUCCUCUCCGAUUUGACUGGGGUUCCCAAACACGACUGGCGUUGAUGGGUCUCAACUACAUGUUGGACAAAAUGGGUGGGAAGCAACUCCGUCACUGGGUCAUCAAGCCCAAGUAUGAAAAGAAAAUCACUGUGGACCAGCAGGCGCGGGAGGAAGGGUACAAGUUCAUCAGAGAGUUUGGCCCUCGCUCAAACAACCGAAACCAAUUUAUGGAGUGGACUGAUGAGCAGAUCCAUCUGGCUGGUGGUAAGAUUGAGGGCUGGCCUGAGGGGAAGGUAAAAGAGGCUCUUCACAACUACAUGAAGGGUCGUCAAAACGCCAAGACACUGGAGUACUGGCCCUUUACCUUCAAGUCUUUCGUCCCUUGGUUCUUUGACAAGGUACUUGUGAAGAUGCUGCCCACCAUGCGACAGCACGCCAUAACUUGGAUUGGCCGGACUCGAACUGGCAAAUCCUUGGGAUCCAAAACUGUGCUGUUCAUGCAAUCGAAAUAUGAGAUAGAGGCAGCUGAGCGCACGGACCUCAUUCCCUCCAUUGUGACGGCGAAACAUCUCGAUUUCUUCAAAUCGGAGCCGCUCACGAAGUACAAGCCUGGAGUAUUCGAUGACGGGAUGCUCCAGCGCAUGGACUCCUCAUUCUUGAAGGCAUUCCUGAACCCCUCUGAAGAGGAUGCCACCGUCUGGGCACGCUACUCUUCUGCACAAUUUGAUCAAGGAUCUGGACGACAUGCUUGCAACAAUCCCUAUGACCGUAGGAUCGACGACGAGAUGUUUGGUAGUAUGCAGAGGAACAAGUUGUGGAGGAUCCCCUACGACAAGUUUCUACAGCUAAUCCAGCCAUCUUUCUGUGCAGUUGAAGAUCCGGAGGACAUGGACGCAAUUAUGGCACGCACUCACCUCAUUGUCAUCACAGAUCAUGGCCUGUACUUCCGCGUAGCGAACACAAGCAAGGAUCAUGUGGACUUCAUCCGUUGGGAGGAGAAUGCGCCCAAGGAUUUGUUGUCUCCGUCUACACGUGACGUUCAUGCACAUCUGCUUCCUGAACCGGACCUUCGCGUCAAAGUCAAGAAGGAAAAGGUUGAUGCAGCUUUUCGUUCCCUCAAAGGUCAGGCAGUUACAAAUCCCAUCGACCUGGACUCGCCGUCUCCCAAGAAGUCCACCGCAUCCUCGUCCACUUCAGACAUGCCGUUGUCAAAGCGUGCCAAACUCACCGAUGCUGUUAGCGUAGCAGCGCCGUCCAAUCCUGCUUCCCCUAUUCUUGCUCAUGAUGCUGACAUAGACGAUGAUGAUGUCAUGCCACAAGUUGGUCACGUCCCAGACGAUAUGGAGCAGGAACUCGAGCGAAUGAUGGACGAGAUUGGAAUGCCUUCCGAGCCGCGGUUUCGUCUGCAGAUCUUCUCAACAGGCCUUCAAACGACCAUCAGCAUCUUCGAGCCAGACUACAUUGAAGCGACCUUCGGCAUCUACUAUGAAACGACCAAGUGUGAAAAAACACAUAUCAAGUUUGCGGGAAAGGCUCGUAUCUUCAUCGCUGAUGAGACGCACUUGAACAAACGCAAACGAAAUGCUCUCUCUCGCAAUGGUCGCCCGCAGCGAGAUCAAGUAUGGCUUUGGGGGGCCGUGCUACAUGAACACAUCAAGACUCAUUUCAUCUUCAGGAUCUUGGACCAUCCUGAUGAUGCUUUGGACGGCAAACCUCGUGGCCACAAGGAGAUGCUUAAAAACAUCCAAACAUUGGGAUUGAGGCGAGGAGAUAUCUCUGUCUCCGACAAGUGGAAGGCCACGGUCUCGGCAUUCAAGUCUUACAAGAACACGAACAAUUUCUCCGAAGCGGAUGUUCGCCAUGAGAUAGUCAACCACAGUCAGGGAGAGAUUACCAAUUCCAAUGGCUUCUCUACAAACGCCAUCGAGUGCAAGUGGUCCGUAAUUAAGCGUUGGAUCCGUCGGCGAAUGUCCGGGAUCCUACCGUCGCAUUCAGAUCGCCAAAAAUGGCGUCUCCUCAUAGAUGAGUAUCAGGCCCGCAGCUUGCUCACAGCGAACGGCCAACACUCUUUUGAUCACGGUAACCUCAUCACAGUACGCGUGCGCGAUGUCGUACGUCUUUUCCAAGUUGCCUGA